AUGAGCUUCGGAUCGGAGCACUACUUGUGCUCUGCCUCCUCCUACCGCAAGGUGUUCGGGGACGGCUCGCGCCUGUCCACGCGCCUCUCCGGGCCGGGAGGCUCGGGCAGCUUCCGCUCGCAGUCGCUGUCCCGCAGCAAUGUGGCCUCCACGGCCGCCUGCUCCUCGGCCUCGUCUCUCGGCCUGGGCCUGGCCUACCGCCGGCUGCCCGCCUCCGACGGGCUGGACCUGAGCCAAGCGGCGGCGCGCACCAACGAGUACAAGAUCAUCCGCACGAACGAGAAGGAGCAGCUGCAGGGCCUCAACGACCGCUUCGCCGUCUUCAUCGAGAAGGUGCACCAGCUGGAGACGCAGAACCGCGCGCUCGAGGCCGAGCUGGCGGCGCUGCGACAGCGCCACGCCGAGCCGUCGCGCGUCGGCGAGCUCUUCCAGCGCGAGCUGCGCGAGCUGCGCGCGCAGCUGGAGGAGGCGAGCUCGGCGCGCGCCCAGGCCCUGCUGGAGCGCGACGGGCUGGCCGAGGAGGUGCAGCGACUGCGGGCGCGCUGCGAGGAGGAGAGCCGCGGGCGCGAGGGCGCCGAGCGCGCCCUGAAGGCGCAGCAGCGCGACGUGGACGGCGCCACCCUGGCCCGCCUGGACCUGGAGAAGAAGGUGGAGUCGCUGCUCGACGAGCUGGCUUUCGUGCGCCAGGUGCACGACGAGGAGGUGGCCGAGCUCCUGGCCACGCUGCAGGCAUCGUCGCAGGCCGCCGCCGAGGUGGACGUGUCUGUGGCGAAACCGGACCUGAGUUCGGCGCUCCGGGAGAUCCGCGCCCAGUACGAGUCCCUGGCCGCUAAGAACCUGCAGUCAGCCGAGGAGUGGUACAAGUCCAAGUUCGCCAACCUGAACGAGCAGGCGGCGCGCAGCACUGAAGCCAUCCGAGCCAGCCGAGAGGAGAUCCACGAGUACCGGCGCCAGCUUCAAGCUCGUACCAUUGAGAUCGAGGGUCUGCGCGGGGCCAAUGAGUCCCUGGAGAGGCAGAUCUUGGAACUGGAGGAGCGGCACAGCGCUGAGGUGGCCGGCUACCAGGAUAGCAUUGGGCAGCUGGAGAAUGACCUAAGAAACACCAAGAGUGAGAUGGCUCGCCACCUUCGGGAAUACCAGGAUUUGCUCAAUGUCAAAAUGGCGCUUGACAUUGAGAUAGCGGCUUACAGGAAACUGCUGGAAGGCGAAGAGACACGAUUUAGCACCAGUGGAUUAAGCAUUUCAGGGCUGAAUCCACUUCCCAACCCAAGUUAUCUGCUCCCUCCUAGAAUCCUUAGUUCUGCAACCCCCAAAGCCUUAUCCACUGGGCUGUCCCUUAAAAAGGAAGAGGAGGAAGAAGAGGAAGGGGCUUCUAAGGAAGCCUCUAAGAAAACAUCUAAGAUAGGGGAAAGUUUUGAAGAAACACUGGAGGAAACGGUAAUAUCUACGAAGAAAACCGAGAAGUCAAAUAUAGAAGAAAGCACCAUUUCAAGCCAAAAAAUGUAAUUCCAUUACUUAAAAAAAAGUUAGCGCCUACGAGGGAAUGCACUUGACUUGUCCACAGCUUACUUCUGAACCGCAGCACCAGUCACCGCUAUAGAAUGUCUCUAAGGCUUCAAUGUCACAUUUAGUACUGAAUCCUUACUUUCUCCGGUAGAAAAGCCACCCGCUAUGGGCAAACUGCAGUCCUGGAGCAGUCAGAGGAGUUCCCUGAGAACACCGCUUUCUCACCCACAGCUCGGGCUUCACAGUGACAGAUGACUCGGGUGCAGAGGAAGGUGCUAAUUCCGGUCAUCAUUCGCUGUGAGCUGAAAUGGAAACCUAUGUUUAUCCACUAUCCCCCGCCAGUACCCAGCCAUAGAUUCUUACUGUAGAUGCCUAAAACAAAAUCACUGCCAAGGAUAAGCCAGUGGUCCAGACCCCAUCACCCCAUCCCCGCUGAUACAGCUGAGUCACACAUGACAGGUGGUUCUCUCAUGGGCACAUUCCUUCCUUUCCUCCAUUCCUUGUUUCCUUUCCUUCCACCCAAGAGGAGGGGAAAAGGCUAGUGUAGCAUCCCUAAACUCAUGUAGAGCUUACUCCCUUUGCACUCUUUGCUCUGUGGGUAAGAGUAGAUGCAUGUUGACCAUUUUUGUGAUUUGUGUAAUGACUUAUCCUUGCCCAUUUCAUGUCCUUUCACAUUUGUAGCUUAAAGAAAGAGAAAAAGAUAAUAACAGCAGUGAUUGAUUUUAAGGGUCUUCCUGAAAAAUAAAAAGGAUCUCUAGAUUUUAGGCUUUCAGCUUGCCCAAAUCCACUUAAUUAGAGGGGGGAAACCUACCUUAAAUGUUGUAGCUUUUCACUUUAACUUUAGAAGCACAGUGAUAGUUGUCCUAUGCUGUGCUUAAGCCAACCUUAGAUUUAGUAGCAUAAGUACAGGAGGUGAGUACAUCUCUGAGUGGGAAAGACCAAGGUCUCCUCUGUGUUGGUUGCCAUGUAGUGGUAUAGAAUUAGCUUUUUCAUACCCUUGCCCUCAAAUCUAUAGUCCCCUUCCUGUUAGUCUAGGUCGUCAAGAGGCCUCGCUUUUUAAGAGUGCUACAUAUAGGAUAUUUUAUCACCAGACACAAUGCUACUGCCCAAAAGUAAAAAAAUAAACAAACACUUCUGGUCAAUCAACACCACCAGCAAAUAUUUAAAAAAAAAAAAUCUCUCAAGAGUCUUUGCCCAACAGUUGCAUUGCUGUAGUAGGUGGGUAUUGAUCCCCCUAAGGACAGAAACUCAGAGUUCAGGAGGGGUAUGCACACUCCUCCCCCUAUCCAAAGAGGCAGGCUGGAAAGUCAGCUCCUGGUGCACCCAACUGUGUCAUCCACGUGUCCAGUCUGCCUCGUGUGCCAAAUUUGAUGCAGGAUUUUCCCUGUCUCUGCUCACUUCCACCAGAGCUAUACAGCUGUCUGUCCUGUCCCCACCCACGUCAUCGCAAGCUGUGCUGAUAAAGACGUGAUGCUAAUACUGAACUCAUCCUAGCACGUGCUUCAGUAGAUCAAGGAACUGAAAAGACACUUUCCUCUCCCUGACCCACCAUCCCCUCUUGGCCCCCACACUUACUGUAAGACGCUAGUAAUAUGAGAAAUUAAAAGUCAUUA